AGCGCCUCGCCACCGCGCAGGCUCGGCGGCCAGUCCGUUAUGGCCGCUGCCGCUCGGGAGAGGAUGAGGCUGGCGGGGCGAGUGACGCUGCCCCCCGGGCCGGGCAUCAUCCCGAGUGCUGGGCGGUUGGCGCGGCCGCUGGUCUUGGCGCUCCUGCUGGCGUCCACCGCCGUGGCCAGCGUUUUAUCAGAGAAUAAUUCAUCCAACCAAACUGUACCCCGGUCAGAAGUUUCAACCACAAAUAUGAAUGUUUCAACACAGGAAAACCAAACCAAACCUAUUUCCCAACCCAGCCCCACUCCCCGGCUCAUGACCAGCACAGAGAAAAGUGGAAGGCCAUCCACUGCCCCUCAUCCCUCGUCCACUGCUGCUCUGUUCCAAGAGGAAGUUGACAACAAUGAAGAGCUUAGCAUUGAGGAAGAAGACUUUCUCACUCUGAAUAGUUCCCCUUCCACGGCCAAAGACAAUCUGGACAAUGGAGACUAUGAAGAGCCAGACUAUGGCUGGCCCACCAGCCCGAGAGACGAUGAGUCCAACGAGGCUUUGGAAGAAAACAGGGGCUACGUGGAAAUUGAACAGUCAGUGAGGUCCUUUAAGACUCCAUCUUCACAUGUAGAAGAGGAAGAUAGCCAUUUCUUUUUUCAUCUUAUUAUUUUUGCUUUUUGUAUUGCUAUUGUUUACAUUACCUAUCACAAUAAAAGAAAGAUUUUCCUUCUAGUUCAAAGCAGAAAAUGGCGUGAUAGUCUUUGUUCCAAAACUGUGGAAUAUCAUCGUUUAGACCAGAACGUUAACGAAGCAAUGCCUUCUCUGAAGAUCACCAAUGAUUAUAUAUUUUAAAGCACUGUGAUUUGAGUUUGCUUAUUAUGUAAUUUCAUUUGCUUGACUUUUUAUAUGUUAUCGUACAGAUGUUUGCCUGGGCAAUUAAUUGGUACUUAAUGAGAGAUGGGUCUCUCUUUAUUUUGCCUUGGUGCUUUGGAAAUUUAAU